AUGCUAGUAGUGGUGAGUGGGACGCUAGUACUGUCUCUCCUGCUGACUGGAAAAGUGUCAGGGGAGACUGAACAAGAUGGAGCUGACACUCACGGUACUCGACUCAGGAGGCAAGAUGAACAUUCACAGCUUGGGAAAGGUUUCUUCCUGCCUACCCUUAACAGCCUCACGGAGCGCCAAACUUCCUCACAGAGGCUGCAAAUCAAUCCACAAUUCAUCAAUCGUCGGAAGGAGGUUCAACAAGGCCGGAUCAACGCUCUUCAAGUUGAUGGAGUGAGGAAUUCCAUUGCCAAUUCUAUUUCUAACAAACCUGGGCGGAUAAGGGAUAGGAACCCUUCAGGAUUUCAACCUAGAGGGUUUCAGAGAAGAUUCUUGCAGAGAGGAAACCUUAAUAGACUAGGCAGCUCGUUGCCUGUCGGUGUGUCCUCCAGACAACCAACUUACCGUCGGCAGGUUACACGAGUACCAUCUACUCAGCAGAAAGUGAGUACGGCUUCGACGCAACUCGAAACUGACAGCAGGGAAUCAAUUCGCAGUUCGACGGGCGUUGUCAGGGAGUUUCAACUCCCACUUUCACCCCGGGCUCAGAGCGUCAGACCCUCAGUUUCUAUCAGGGCUCAAAAUGCAUUGCAGUCUCAGACCGUAAAAAAAAAUCCUUUUCAUGAAGGAAGAGUGUUGUCACAGAGGCGAAGUCAACAAGCCCCUUCGUUUACUCGAAGUCAGCAGCAAACACCCCCAUUCACACGAAGUCAGCAGCAAACACCCCCAUUCACACAAAAUCAGCAAACACAAACAUUCCCACGAAGUCAGCAAGAAACCUCUUUCUUCACACCAAGACAAACACAAAGAUCGCAGAAUCUUAGACAACUGCAAGGUCAAAGAUUCUUGAAGCCUGGUCCCCAAAUUACGCUUGCGAGGCCUCAGAUAAUAUCCCAGAGACUCCGAUCUCAGUCUUCACCAACGCCACAAAUUACACAUCAAAACAAACAGACUUCAUUACUUCAAAGACCUCAGAUUGGCUCACCAGUCAGAGUUGCCAAUCAGAUCAGACCACAAGCGCCUCAAGCGUCGAUUAUCCGACUUCAGCCAAUCAGGGUCACUCAGACACUCAGCACGGCAGCCCCUGGACAGAGUCAGCAAUGGCUGACUCUGAAGCCACGAACUCAGAAUCUGUUUCAGCGACGUCAGGGAUUGGUGAGUGAGAGGUCACAAUCACCAGUUCAACAAUCACAAUCACCAAUUCAACAAUCACAAUCACCAGUUCAACAAUCACAAUCACCAGUUCAACAAUCACAAUCACCAAUUCAAUCACAAUCACCAGUUCAACAAUCACAAUCACCAAUUCAACAAUCACAAUCACCAGUUCAACCAUCACAAUCACCAGUUCAAGAAUCACAAUCACCAAUUCAACAAUCACAAUCACCAAUUCAACAAUCACAAGCAUCAGUUCAACAAUCACAAUCACCUGUUCAACAGUCUCAUGUUCUGGUUCAACAAUCACAAUCACCAGUUCAACAAUCACAAUCAUCUGUUCAACAGUCUCAUGUUCUGGUUCAACAAUCACAAUCACCUGUUCAACAGUCUCAUGUUCUGGUUCAACAGCCACAAUCACCUGUUCAACAGUCUCAUGUUCUGGUCCAACAGCCACAAUCACCUGCUCAACAGUCUCAUGUUGUGGUUCAACAAUCACAAUCACCUGUUCAACAGUCUCAUGUUCUGGUUCAACAGCCACAAUCACCUGCUCAACAGUCUCAUGUUGUGGUUCAACAAUCACAAUCACCUGUUCAACAGUCUCAUGUUGUGGUUCAACAAUCACAAUCACCUGUUCAACAGUCUCAUGUUGUGGUUCAACAGCCACAACAUCUAGCACCUCAGAGUUCACAGGCCCCAGUUGAACCACUAACAACAGAAAGACAAAUAAUACAGAGACCACAAUUUGCAUCCGUCUCUCCUCAGCUGGAGAAUAAAGAGCUUAAUACACUUCCAGCAAGGCCAACAACACUUCCCAUCCAGCUGUCUGGAUUCCAGAGACAGUUAUCGCCACAGACCUCGGAGCAAAGGCCAGCAACAACACCGGACUUCCAGGACACAGCUGCCUUCGGAGUACCUCUUCCAGUGUCGCCUCAGCUUUCACAGUCCACGAUAGAUGAAAGUCUGAAGCUUCAAGCUCGGGGUAACCCUCGAAGUCAUUCCCAGCGGCGGCAGCAGCAUGGUGCACAGACAUUCUUGACGUCUUCCACGUCUCUCCCAGCUGCUGGUACUAGACAGGGACAAGUUGGAGUGUUCCUUCACCAAACACGUCCACAAUCAACCAUUGUGUCAACUUCGCCAUCAACUGUGAAGGCAAGAGAGGGACAACAGCGUCUUCAGUCAACUGUAGUGUCAUCUCCGACACCAGCUACUGGAGGCAGACAAGGACAAGGUGGAGUACUCCUCCACCAAACAAGUCCACAGUCAACUGUAGUGUCACCUCCGUCACCAGGUACUGGAACUAGACAAAGACAAGGUGGAGUACUCCAUCAAGCACGUCCACAGUCAACUGUAGUGUCAACUCCAUCACCAGCUACUGGAACUAGACAAGGACAAGGUGGAGUACUCCUCCACCAAACAAGUCCACAGUCAACUGUAAUGUCAUCUCCAUCACUUGCUACUGGAACUAGACGAAGACAAGGUGGAGUGCUCCUCCACCAAACAAGUCCACAGUCAACUGUAGCGUCAACUCCAUCACUAGCUACCGGAACUAGACAAGGACAAGGUGGAGUACUCCAUCAAGCACGUCCACAGUCAACUGUAGUGUCACCUCCAUCACCAGCUAUUGGAACUAGACAAGGACAAGGUGGAGUACUCCUCCACCAAACAAGUCCACAGUCAACUGCAGUGUCACCUCCAUCACUAGCUACUGGAACUAGACAAGGACAAGGUGGAGUACUCCAUCAAGCACGUCCACAGUCAACUGUAGUGUCACCUCCAUCACUAGCUACUGGAACUAGACAAGGACAAGGUGGAAUACUCCAUCAAGCACGUCCACAGUCAACUAUUGCGCCACAGGGUCAGUCACAGUCUGGGAAUUUACGUAUAGUCCUGGACACAUCUCCUGAAGACUUCGACGAUUCUCGAGAAAGAGUCUUUGACCAUAGCUCGUCUGUCAACUUAGCAAGUUCGCUAAGACGAGAAAGCCAUAGUGCCCUUGGGAUCACGUCUCAGGUGCCAGCGAGGAGGUUUGCAGCGCUACAAGACAAUACCCACGAAGACAUAACAGUGGAAGAGGAUUCAAGAGAGCUCUUGCUUCAGAACGGGAGAAAACCUGUGCCCAUCACGGGUUUGAUUCCUCAUUCAGACCAAGGCACUUCGACCCUUCUGGGUGGAAACAGUCGAAGUGUGCUGCUUGAUCUGACGAAGGAAGACCUUACAAGAGAGGACAUUACAAGAGAGGACCUUACAAGAGAGGACCUUUCAAGAGAGGACAUUACAAGAGAGGAUCUUACAAGAGAGGACCUUACAAGAGAGGACCUUACAAGAGAGGACCUUUCAAGAGAGGACCUUACCAGAAACGACAUCAUUUUCGUGCCACCUCCGUCACCAGCUGCUGUAAUAAGACAGGGACACCGAGGUCGACAGUCAGCUGUUGUGUCACCCCCAUCACCAGCUGCUGUGGCAAGACAGGGACACUCAGGUCGACAGGCAGCUGUUGUGUCACCCCCAUCACCAGCUGCUGUGGCAAGACAGGGACACCCAGGUCGACAGCCAGCUGUUGUGUCACCCCCAUCACCAGCUGGUGGAGCAAGACAGGGACAAGCUGGUCUGUUCCUCCACCAAACACUCCCACAGUCAACAGUUGUGUCGCAACAGUCACCAGCUACUGGAAUUAGACAGGGACAAGUUGGAGUACUCCUUCAACAAACACAUCCACAGUCAACCAUUGUAUCAAAGGGUCAGCCACAGUCUGGUAAUUUGCGUACAGUCCUGGACGCGUCCCCUGAAGACUUCGACGAGUCUCGUGAAGUUAUCUUAGGUCAUCGCUUAGCUAACUCGAAGACUGUGCCAAGAGGGGAGGGCCAAGGUGUUGAUAGGGCAACGUCUCAGGUGCCAACAAGGAGGUCUGCAGCUCUUGGAGAUAAUAUACAAGGAGAUAUGACAGUGGAGGAAGAUUCAAGAGAAUUCUUUCUCAAAGCAAGGAAACUCACGGCCACUGGAGGCUUCAAGCAGCCUAGUGACCAACACACAGCGGCACUUCUGCCGGGAAAUGGUCGAGGUGUUGUGCUUGAUUUAACGAAGGAGGACUUGACAAGAGAGGACCUUACCAGAGAGGACCUUACAAGAGAGGACCUUACCAGAGAGGACCUGACAAGAGAGGACCUUACCAGAGAGGACCUUACAAGAGAGGACCUAACAAGAGAGGACCUUACAAGAGAGGACCUUACAAGAGAGGACCUUACUAGAGAGGACCUUACAAGAGAGGACCUUACGAGAGAAGACCUAACAAGAGAGGACCUUACAAGAGAGUACAUUACAAGAGAGGACCUUACAAGAGAAGAUCUUACCAGAGAGGACCUUACCAGAGAGGACCUUACCAUGGAGGACCUUACCAGAGAGGACCUUACCAUGGAGGACCUUACCAGAGAGGACCUUACCAGAGAGGACAUUACAAGAGAGGACCUAACAAGAGAAAACAAUAGCCACGAACUUUUCCACUGAGACGAACAAUGGCGCUAACAUUCCCGUCUCACCAACAGUCAAUAACAUGAAAUACACACACAAUAUUAUUAUAUUUUAUGUAUUUAUUUUCACUUUACUUGUGCAUGUGUACUCACCUACAUGUGGUUGAAGGGGUCGAGUCACAGCCCCUGGUGCGCUUCUGAGAUUUCUACAUUAUGUACAUGU